AUUUAGAUACCGACAAAUAUUGCUAACGUAGUACAGAACACUACCGAUAAGCGCUUAUCAUGAACGCUUUCAGUAAAAAGUCUUCUUUGACACACGAAUCUAGUCUGCUUAUUCAGAACCACGGUUAUUACAGUAUGAUGCAUUGAUUUGACGUGUGUCUCGAUGUACAUCUCUCCAUACGCUAACUUUUCCCUCAAAUUUUGGUUCGUUGUCGACUCGGGGAAUAUAUCGUCGUAACCGUGUCGAAAGUUUUCUACAAGAUUAAAAACAUGCAGCAAUUUAUAUUGGCUGUUAAAAGAAAAAUAUUUAACGAUGAAAAAAUGGCAUCCAAACCUGGUGAGGUUGAUCAACAUAUCAGUGACGAUCAACAGGAAGAUGGAUUUUCUACAGAAAACUAUGACUGUUAUGAAGACUAUAUUGACAUAGACUCUGACAUUGAUGAGAGAGGUAACUACAUUUUUUUUAAAUCAACAGGAGCACGUAGGAUCCGAACUAAUUCUGAACCAAAACUAAGUUCUGGAACAACAAUAGAAUGUACUUGUGAAUUAUCAACAACAAUUAAGGAUAAUGAUGUUGAGAAAAACACAGAAUCUUCUGAUAAGGAAGUUGUUACCAACACAGAAAGUGUUGAAUCUGACUUAAGUACCAAAAUACCAAGUAAAAUGAAGGAAGCGGGUGUUAUUAAAGUGUGUGAUGAAAAAUAUGAUCCUACUAUCGAUGAAAGGUUACCACAUACUGUGACAUUAUUAACCACACCAGAUGGCGGAAAAUUAUACCUAAUAGGAACAGCACAUUUUAGUGUUGAAAGUCAAAAUGAUGUGUCAAAGAUUAUACAAGCUGUCCAACCUCAUAUAGUCGUGGUUGAGUUGUGUAGAGAUAGAGUUGGUAUAUUGCAACUUGAUGAAGAAGCUAUGUUUCACUAUUCUAAGGACAUCGGUUUUCAAUGUAUUUUGGAUAUUCUUAAAAAGGAAGGAAUUUAUAAUGGCUUAUUGCAUAUUUUAUUGCUAAGAAUGGCAGCUCACGUGGCCAAAGAACUCGGAAUGCCACCCGGUGGUGAAUUCCGAAGGGCAUUCGAAGAGGCAAAAAAGGUGCCAGAUUGUAUAAUUCACAUGGCCGAUCGACCUAUUAAUAUAACAAUGCAACGUGCAUUACGGUCGUUAUCGUGGUGGCAGACCAUAAAACUAGGCUGGCACUUAGCAUUUAUGAAAAUGCCCAUUACCCAAGAAGAUGUCGAGCUCUGUAAACAGCGAUGGAUGCUGGAUGAAAUGAUUGCCAGCAUGAAAGGGGAAUUUCCAGUAUUGGGUGAAGUGUUCAUCAAGGAGAGAGACAUUUACUUGACAUACUCAUUGCAAAUAGCUUGUAUGCCUCAAUUUACACCCCAUGGUAUCAAACCAAUGCGAGUUGUUGGAAUCGUUGGUUUGGGGCACACACCAGGUAUUAUCGAGAAUUGGGGUAAAGUUCAGCCUACCGAUAUAUCACCUAUCUUAAAAGUACCGCCACCGUCAAUGUCAAGUAAGAUCUUGAAAUUCACCGUCGAAGCGUCUCUGUUCAGUGCUGUAAUAUAUAUGAGCUACAAAGUUUUAGCAGUACCUGCUAUUUUUACGUUCCAAUCUAUCAAGUCAUCGGUUGAGGGACUUCUAAAGGUUAGUACCGCGCGAUAAAAUAAUUCAAGUUUAAUUUACAAAAACGGGGACCCCCU